AUGUGGUAUGCUGCGACGGAGAAUCAAGAAAAAAAAAUUGUUCAAAGAAUGCAACAAAUUAAAACAUUGAACGCUGAAGCUUUUAAGUGGUUAAAUGAUCUUCCUUUGGAGAAAUGGACUAUGUACGUUGAUAACGGUCAUAGAUGGGGUUCUUUGACAACCAAUGUAUCUGAGUCGUAUAAUGGUGUGUUGAAGAAAGCAAGGGGGAUUCCAGUCUCAGCUAUGGUUCGCAUGACACUUGUUAACCGGAUUAUCGAACUCAGAGAACUUGCUAAUGCUUUACUUGAACAAAAUAAGUCUUGGCCUCUUAGUGUGGAAAAACGAUUUAAUAAAAAUUGGAGAAAAGCUCAAGCACGUAUUGGAAUGAUGAACUAUAGUAGUACUUCAGUUGUAUUUGAGAUCCUCACAUUUGCACACAAUGGCGAAGGAGGAAAUGUUCACAAAGUUUUUGCAGAUGCCAAAAAAUGUUCUUGUGGCAAAUGGGUAAAUUAUCAUAUAUCUUUCUCUCAUGUAAUCAAAUUUUGUGGUCUUUGUGGUAUCGAGCCAAAGACUUAUGUGAGCAAAUACUAUACCACGAAAUAUUACAAAUGA